GUAAAAUCCGGUGCUGCGUGUCCAGCUUGCCAAGGCCGCGCCUCCCUCUCCUUCCCCCGCUGUCCUUUGCAGGCUUAAGGGGUGCGAUCCUCCCUUCCCGGAGGCGCCGCCAGGAGGGGGCCUGGCAAGGCUUCGCCAAAGGGGCUCCGCUUCUCCCCACGCGCCCCGCCGCGGCUCCUUCGCCGACAGCAAUGAAGAUACACUCUUGACGACUUCUCCAGUGUCUCCUCCCUGUGGUGAAGGAAAAGGACCAGCCAUGCAAGCAGCUCAGGUAGGGGAGGGAGCGGUCACUGGGGAGGCGUCCAGGGGACAGCAGGAUGGGCUCCUUCUCCAUUGCAAGGCUCAGGGGAUUGGACUUCUUCCCCUUGGUUCUGGUGCUGCAAGAUAUCAAGGUUGGCCACUUUGAAGGUGGGAAAAUGGUCACCCCCUGUGUAGCAUCCUAUCUUCAGAGAAGAAAAGAAUCCUGUCCACAAAACGACCCACCAAAAAGGAUUUGCUCCUCUAUGUGGACAUCUCUGGACUCUUCCUCAAAAAGCUACAUGGCCCCUGUGACUAAGGACCGCCCCCUCUGGCCCAAAGAUGCCCCCCCAAGAGGGCUGGGAGGGAAGAGCCCAAUGUCCCCAUGGGGCUCUUUCUGCCACCCCUUUGUUGGUGGAGUUCCACUUUGGUUUUACCAUUCUUAGUUUUGCUUCUUUCUUUAUUUUAUUUCCUAGUUUUCUCUCUGAUCAGGGACCCAAAGCUGCUUUUCACAUCAGCCUCCUCCACUUAAUUCUCACAGCAACAACCUUGUAAGGAAGGUUACUCUGAGAGACAGACAGGCCCAACGUCCCCAGAUGAGCUUCCACAGAAGUGCAGAGAUUCAAACUCAGCUGUCCCAAGUCCUGGUCUGCCUUUCUACUCACUAAGCCACACUAGAAUCUUGGAUCUUCUUUCUUGUAGACCAGCUUUCUAGUGAUGUUAAGAAAUGCUUCUUUCUUCUACUUCCAGGGUGGGGUGUCCUUUGCAGAGGUGGCUGUGUAUUUCACACAGGGGGAGUGGAGAUUGCUGAGCCCAUCCCAGAGAACUCUCUAUAAGGAAGUCAUGCUGGAGAAUUUUGUGAACGUGGCCUCUCUGGGGCCUCAGAUUGCCAAGCCUGGCCUCAUCUCCUGGCUGGAAGAGGAGGAGGAGGAGCAGUUUCCCCUGAUCUCUGAUGAAGAGGAGGGAUUGGCAGGAGGCGUAUGGAAGUCAUGGAAUGAAGUGGAAGAACAUCUGGUGACUAACAAAGAAGAAACAUAUUCAGAUGUGAAAGAGAGCGUUGAAUAUAAUGGUGCCCUAAAGAAGCAGAAAGGAAAAGAUUCAUCGAAAGAGAGGAAUAAUUCUGACUUUUUGCAGCAUGGAGACUUUCGAGUACAAAACAUAUAUAAUGGAGUAAACCGUAUGGAAUGCACUGCUACCAGGAAAAAUAAGAAGAAAAAAUAUAAAUUUCUGGAAUGUGGAAAAGGCUUCAAUCGGGAUGGAAAUUUUACUGUCCAUCAAAGAAUUCACACAGGGGAGAAACCUUAUAAAUGCCUGGAGUGUGGGAAAAGCUUCAGUCACAGUGGCGAUCUUACUGUCCAUCAAAGAAUUCACACAGGGGAGAAACCAUAUAAAUGCCUGGAGUGUGGGAAAAGCUUCAGGCAGAGUGGACAUCUUACUGUCCAUCAAAGAAUUCACACAGGGGAGAAACCAUACAAAUGCCUGGAGUGUGGAAAAAACUUCUAUUUGAGUACAAAUCUUACUGUCCAUCAAAGAAGUCAUACAGGGGAGAAACCGUAUAAAUGCCUAGAGUGUGGAAAAGGCUUCAGUCAGAGUGGACAGCUUAUUGUCCAUCAAAGAAUACACACAGGGGAGAAACCAUAUAUAUGCUUUGAGUGUGGAAAAAGCUUCAGUCUGAGUGGACAUCUUAUUGUUCAUCAGAGAAUUCACAUAGGGGAGAAACCAUAUAAAUGCCGGGAGUGUGGAAAAAACUUCAGCCGGAGUGGAGAGCUUACUGCCCAUCAACGAAUUCAUACAGGUGAGAAACCAUAUAAAUGCCUGGAGUGCAGAAAAAAUUUCAGUCAGAGUGGCGAUCUUAUUGUCCAUCAAAGAAUUCACACAGAGGAGAAACCAUAUAAAUGCCUGGAGUGUGGAAAAAGCUUCAAUUGGAGUGGAAGUCUUAUGGCCCAUCAAAGAAUUCACACAGGAGAGAAAUUAUAUAAAUGCCUGGAGUGUAGAAAAACCUUCAGUCAGAGUGGCGAUCUUAUUGUCCAUCAAAGAAUUCACACAGGGGAGAAACCAUAUAAAUGCUUGGAGUGUGGAAAAAGCUUCAGUUGGAGUGGAAGUCUUACUGUCCAUCAAAGAAUUCACACAGGGGAGAAACCAUAUAAAUCCCUGGAGAGUGGAAAAAGCUUCAGUCAGACUGGUGAUUUUAUUGUCCAUCAACGAAGUCACACAGAGGAGAAACCAUAUAAAUGCUUGGAGUGUGGAAAAACCUUCAGUCGGAGUGGUGAUCUUAUUGUCCAUCAAAGAAUUCACACAGAGGAGAAACCAUAUAAAUGCCUGGAAUGUGGAAAAAGCUUCAGUUGGAGUGGAAGUCUUACUGUCCAUCAAAGAAUUCACACAGGGGAGAAACCAUAUAAAUGCCUGGAGUGUGGAAAAAACUUUUCUCGAGGUGGAACUCUUAAUAUCCAUCAAAGAAUUCACACAGGGGAGAGACCAUAUCAAUGCCUGGAGUGUGAAAAAAGCUUCAGUCAGAGUGGACAUCUUACUAACCAUCAAAGAAUUCACAAGGGAGAAACCGUACAAAUGCCUGGAGUGUAGAAAAAGCUUCAAUCAGAGUAAUAAACUUACUGUCCAUCAAAGAAUUUGCACAGUGGAGAAACCAUAUAAAUGCCUGGAGUGUGGAAGAAGCUUCAGUGCUAGUAGACACUUUAUUUACCAUCAAAGAAUUCACACAUUGUAGAAACAGUAUAAAUGCCUGGAAUGUGGAAAAAAACUUCAGUCACAUUGAAAGCUUUAUUUUAAGAAUUUACUCCGGUGGGGGACAUGCUGUAGAAAUGCUUGGAGUUUUGAUGGACAUUUCUUCAAAUAGAUUGGCUUACAAAAUUAGAAUGUAAUGCAACAGUUCAUAGUGAUCUCUACCAUAGUUUAGUUUAAUUACCUCAAAAAUUUCAGAGAUUAUAAGCCAAAUCUUGAGAACCCACCAUCUGCAGCGUAUCACAAUUUUGUUGAGAUAGGGGAGCAAGACGCUCCAGGCUUCAUGGUCCAGGUUGCAGAGUGAGUGUGCUGAGGUCCCUAGCAUCCUUGACUAGAUCCACUGCUCACAAAGCAGUGCCUGAUGACAUCCCUCUGAGUGGCCGAAAGGGCUACAGGCAACUACCCCCUUGGCCCUUCUUCCCAUUGGCAUCAAGAGGUCAUGGAGGGAAGACGCAGGAACUGAGUAACCACAACAAAGGUCUGUGAUGUCAGUGACAUGCUAGUGCACCCCACAAAUGAGUCAUGUAAGUUUAUGAUCCGGCAGGUGGGGCCCAGAGUUCUUUUGGAAUUACAUUUCCAGACCAUAGAGACCAGUUGGUCUAACCUCAAUUUUCCCAGCAUGCAUGUAUGUGAAUGCCCCCCCCCCAUCCAGAUUUAUGAAGAGGAAACCAUUCUAUGAAGCCCUAUGGGAAUAUUACAGACUAGUAACAAAACCCAUUGAUGGAAAAAAACCAGGGGCUCUAGAAAGGGAAGGGCAAGCAGGCAGGCAUUGCUACCUACUCUGUUCCUGAUCCCGACCAGGGGAAGGGGGGGCAUUGCCACCUGCACCGCUCCAGAUCCCAGCCAUGUGAAGGGGGGGUGAAUGUUGCCACCUGCUCCCCACCUGAUUCCUGCUGGAUGUCGGGGGGAUAUUCCGAGGGGGGAAGGGGGGCAUUGCCAUGUGCUCUGCUCCUGGCCAGGUGGUGAGCAUUGCCACCUGCUUCGUGCUUCAUCCCAGCCGGGUGAAGGGGGGCGGUGGCGUUGCUAUUUGCUCUGCUCUUUUUAAAAAAAUUUUUUUUUAUUGGAUUAGAAAUCAAUAUAAUGCUCAUUACAAUCAAUUUCCUUUAAAUAGUCCAGUUCUAACCCCCUCCCUUUCCCCCCCUUUUGUUGACUUCCAACAGUUUUCCAACCCCUUAUCCAUUUUCCCCCCUACUCAUUUCAAACUUAUUUUAUUCUAUUAAGCAUAUUCUUUCACUCUCUUCUAAGCUUAUCUAUUAUAACACAGUGCUAUCUCUAUUUCCUUUCCCACUUAACUUAUCAACUAAAUAUUACCUUCCUGGCAUAUCUUCUUUAAUAAUAAUAAUCAUUUGUCUAAUUUUUUAUUCUAUACUCUAUCUUACUCAUUCUAAUCUCGUCAAUAUGGGACAAACAAUUUGUCCCUCAUUCUACAUAACUUUAAGUACUUCUAUAAACAUUGUAUACAUUCAAUAUAAGUCAAUCAAUUUAACUUAUACUCUAUAUGUUACUCUUUACUUCCUUCUACAUAUCUUAUAUUCAUUCUAUUUUAAUUAUAUAGUUUCUCCAUUAUACAGUUGUCUACCGGAAAUAAUCAAUCAAUUUGACCCAUACUCUGCAUAUUUCUAAGUACUUCUGUAAACACAGUAUACAUUCAGCAUAAGUCAAUCAAUUUAACUUAUAUUCUGUAUGUUACUAUAUAUUUCUUUCCACCUUUCUUGUAUUCAUUCUAUUUUAAUUAUAUAAUUUCUCCAUUAUACAGUUAUCUGCCAGAAAUAAAAUUAGUUAAUUUCUAUCCUUAUAAUUCUUAUAAUAACACCUCUAUUACUUAGUACUAUAUAUAAUAGUCAAAUAAAAUAGUUGCUUAGAAUUUCUCAUUUAACUCUCCUCCCCCCGGUAAAGUCACCUCCCUCUUCUUUUGUUGUAUUUCAGUAAUUUUCAAACUGCCACAGUUCUCCUCCCACCUCCCAUUUUUUCACCAAAUAUUGUUUCAGCUUCUCCCAAUCCAUGUUGAACUGUCCUGGAUCAAGGUCUCUCAGUUUCCUUGUCAUUUUGUCCAUUUCCGCCAUGUACAGCAAUUUAUAAAUCCAGUCCUCGAUAGUUGGCACUUCUUGUACUUUCCACUUUUGCGCGUACAAAAGUCUGGCCGCUGCUGUCAUAUAAAAUAACAAUGUCCUGUAUUGUGCUGGAAUGUCCUCCAUUCCCAAGUUCAGUAGCAGGAGUUCUGGGUUCUUGUUAACUUGAAAUGGUAAAAUCUCACUUAUCACUCUUAUUAUUUCCCCCCAGUACUGCCUAGCUACCUCACAAGUCCACCGCAUGUGGUACAAAGAUCCUUCAUGCUUUUUACAUUUCCAGCAUUUAUUAGACGUAUUUAAAUUCCCUAGCGCAAUUUUCUUUGGUGUCAAAUACCAACGGUAAAUCAUUUUGUAGACGUUCUCUUUAAUAUUAGUGCAUGUCGUUAUCUUCAACGUAUUUUUCCACAAGUAUUCCCACACCUCCAUUGUUAUUUCUUUA